AUGAACCGGUACCUCGUUCUCUACAACGGUGUAUCUGCCGCAUUAUGGACCUAUGUUCUUGGGCGUGCGUUCCAAGAUGCCUACGGAUACUUGACCAACAACCAACAAUCUUUUUAUGGGAAAUCAAUGCCAUUAGCGGUGAUGGAAGCGCUCUUGCUGCAUACCCCACCCCACCAUUUUCUUGUUUUGCUUCAAUUCUUCAAUGCUGUGUUUGAAACAGGCCAUACUGUGUUGGGUUUGGUUCCCUCGCCAUUGACUACGGUGCUCUUGCAAUUUGCUGCCAGAUUGUUCAUCACCCAUGGAAUUACUCUCACUCUUCCGUAUGCACCUGGAAACUUCCACCCUGCUUAUUUGGGCCUUAGUUUUUCUUGGGCGAUCACAGAAGUGACUCGCUACAGCUACUACGUUGUCAAGUUGGUCAAUGGCCACGCCCCACGCUGGUUUACUUGGCUUCGCUAUUCCUUGUUCAUCGUUCUUUACCCCAUGGGGUUGGUGUGCGAAGCUACUGUGGUUUACCUGUCGCUUGUAGUUGCCCUUGAUAACUACUACUGGUUCUUGGUAUUUGGUUUGACUAUGUACGUUCCGGGGUUCUUGUCCCUAUACUCCUACAUGUGGCGCCAGCGGAGGAAGAUACUCGGCGGUAAAUUAAACGAACCGAAAAUCAAUUCUCAAUAA